AUGAAGAUCAAAGCGCUAAGCCGCUCUGCGUCGGAGCAGCAGCCCGCCGGCUCAGAUACCGCCAAGCUCCCUCGCAAUCUCGAUUCUGCGCUCCACCCUUUUGAGCGAGCACGCGAGUACCAGCGAGCCCUCACAGCCGUCAAGCUCGAGCGCAUGCACGCGGCGCCCUUCGUCGGGCAGCUGGGAAGAGGACACGUCGACGGUGUCUACUCGAUUGCCAAGGACCCAAAUUCUCUCGAGCGCUUCUCGAGCGGUAGCGGUGAUGGCGUGGUCAAGGUCUGGGAUCUGGCCGGGAAGGACGAGAUCUGGCAUGCAACAGCCCAUGAGAACAUCGUCAAGGGGAUGGAGUGGACGAGGGACCAGAAACUAUUGACCUGCGCUUCCGACAAGACGAUCAAACUCUUUGAUCCCUACAACACUCGAAGCGACGCUCCGCCAAUCUCCUCAUGGCUCGGCUCCGGCGCCUUCACCAGCCUGUCGCACCACCGCUCCAAGAACUCCUUCGCUGCCGCUUCCAGCGUCGUCUCCAUCUAUGACCUGGAGCGCCACACCGCCGCACCAGAAGUCCUCCGCUGGCCCACCGCCGUCGACACAAUCACAAACGUCGCCUUCAACUACGUAGAGACGUCCGUCCUGGCAUCCUGCUCCAGUGACAGAUCCCUCGUCAUCUACGAUCUCCGGACGUCUACCCCAAUCACCAAAACCGUCCUCACCUUCUCUACCAACCGCAUCGCCUGGUCCCCCAUGGAGGCGUUCAACUUCGUCACCGCCUCUGAAGACCACAACAUCUACCUGUUCGACAUGCGCAAGAUGGACCGGGCCCUCAACGUCUUCAAGGACCACGUGGCCGCCGUCAUGGAUGUCGAAUUCUCCCCCACCGGCGAGGAGCUGGUCUCCGCAUCUUGGGACCGCACUGUGCGCCUUUGGAGCAGGAACAGGGGCCACUCGAGAGACGUGUACCACACCAAACGUAUGCAGCGCGUGCUCUCCGUCAAAUGGACCCCCGACGCCAAGUACGUCCUGUCUGGAUCCGACGACGGCAACGUCCGAAUCUGGAGGGCGAAUGCCUCGCAGCGAGAAGGCAUCAAGUCUGCCCGCCACCGCCAGGCCCUCGAGUACAACGAGGCCUUGACAGAGCGCUUCGGGCACAUGCCUGAGAUCCGCCGCAUCAAGAGGCAUCGCCACAUACCCCAGGUUGUGAAGAAGGCUGCCGAGAUCAAGGGCGAGGAGCUCAAGAGCAUCAAGAGACGUGAGGAGAACGAGCGUCGGCAUACCAAGAAGCAAUUUGAGCGACGGAGAAACGAAAGAGAAAAAAUGGUUCUGGCAAGGGAAAAGUAG